GGAGCAUCUCCGCGACCCUUUCAGGGUGCCUGGCCGUUCUUGGGUCUGCAGCACUGUCGCCCUCCCAAUGGGGCCACACUAGCCCAGCGUAGCCGCCCCAGCCUGGGGUUCGGGGCUGGGGGCUCCGCCUUGUCUCUCCUCCCACGUCUCUCAGGCUCCUACCCCCCAGGAGGAAGUUACACUCUAUUGUGAGUAAACAGAAUGUGCAUAUUUGGGGGGCGGGUAGGGCCCCGAGUGCCCCCUUCCUUGCUGCGCAGUGGGUAUUCCGCGAGCUCGGCGCGCCCAGCCCAGACUACAAGUCCCAACAAGCUUCGCGGCGGCGGCGAGGGGGCGUGCCCGACGUGACGCUGCGUGAGGUAGCGCGGCGCGACGUGACUGGGCGGGCCCCAUGAGCCGCUACGUGCUGCCUCUGUCCUUGGCCGGGACCCUGCUGGGGGGCGCCGUGCUGCUCCGGGACUCGGUGGGCGGCGGGAGCUGCCCCAGCAAAGCCACCAUCCAUGGGAAGACAGUCAUUGUCACAGGAGCCAAUACUGGCAUCGGGAAGGAGACCGCCCGAGAGUUGGCUCGGAGGGGAGGUCGCAUCAUCCUGGCCUGUCGGGACAUGGACAAGUGUGAGGCAGCGGCCAAAGAGAUCCGGGGGGACACACUCAACCACCGAGUGGAUGCCCGGCCCUUGGACCUGGCCUCUCUGAAGUCCAUCCGGGCUUUUGCCAAGAAGAUCGUGGAGGAGGAGGAGCAUGUGGACGUUCUGAUCAAUAACGCCGCUGUGAUGAGGUGCCCCCACUGGACAACCGAGGACGGCUUUGAAAUGCAGCUGGGGGUCAACCAUUUGGGUCACUUCCUUCUGACCAACCUGCUGCUAGAGAAGCUGAAGGCCUCGGGGGCCUCGAGAGUCAUCAGUGUCUCCUCGCUGGCUCACAUCGUGGGCCACCUGGAUUUCGAGGACCUGAACUGGGAGCGGCGGCCCUACGAGGCCAAGGCUGCAUACUGCCAGAGCAAGCUGGCCGUGGUGCUCUUCACCAGGGAGCUCAGCCGGCGGCUGGAAGGGACCCCAGUCACUGCUAACGCCCUGCACCCUGGGGUAGCCAGCACUGAGCUGGGCAGACACACGGGCAUGCACAAGUCCACCUUUUCCAGCACAGUCCUCGGCCCCUUCUUCUGGUUGCUGGUAAAGACACCCAAGUUGGCAUCCCAGCCGAGCGUCUACCUGGCUGUGGCUCCGGAGCUCAGUGGGGUCUCCGGCAAGUAUUUUAACGCCUUCCAAGAGAAGGACCCAGCUCCCCAGGCUCAGGACGAUGAGGCAGCUCAGAAGCUUUGGGCCUACAGUGCUCAGCUGGUGGGGCUGGAGGAGGCCGAAGCCCUGAAGGCAGGAUCCCCUGUGAAAAUCACUAACGCUCGGAGCUCGUGACCCCCUCCCCCAGGACCCCGGGGUCCUGUCCCACACCUCUUCCUCCUGCCUCUGAUACUCUGUAGGCCCAGGCUUGGGUGGGCUCAGGCCAGCCCCUGCCCCUUCCUCGUUUGAACAGCAGGGAUCGGGUGGGCCGUGCUCUCCAAAGGCUCAGGAGCUGGGGGUCCCGGACCCCCAGGGCAGUCAGUCAGAAGGUGAAGGCCAGGGAUCCUUCCUCAGAAUUACGGUCCCAAAUGCAUGAAAGGCUAGACACACGAAAGAAACAUCCUAGCAGAUAGGGAUGUGUGGCUUAGACAAGUUCACAGAUCCUGGCUCACAAGCCCCUGCUCCCAACUCAAGGGAUCUUCUGGGAGCCCCCAAGCCCUCCAGGCCUCUCCCCAUUCAGUGAUCAGUUCAACGAGGGGACCUCUGAACCUCCUCCAGCUCGGAUGCCCCAGCAGGGGCAGGAGAGCCUGGGCAUGAAUGGUUUUUAAUUCAUAAUGGAAGGAAUUGCUUGAUUUCAGUUAAGAAUUAGUGAAAAUAAAGAUACAGGUGUCCGUCCCCCCCCCGCCAUGA